GGGAGGUCUAGUGAAAAACUAGAAAAAGCCCGAGCUCAUUUACAUAAAGUAGAAAGAGAAGCCGAGGAGUUUCGCCUGAAUGGAUACUCUGAAAUAAAACGAGAAAAUUUGAAUUUGCUUAAUUCAACUUCUAAUAUUUUAGAACAAUUUGAAAAUAAUAAAAAUGAAACUCUUCGAUUUCAACAGGAAAGAGCUAUUCAUCAAGUACAACAACAGGUUUUCCAACAAGCCUUACAAAGAGCUCUAGAAACUUUGACUUGUUGUUUGAACACCGAGUUGCAUUUACGUACUAUUAGUACCAAUAUCCGCAUGUUGAGCACACUUCAAGAAAUCAAAGAUUAGUCUUUAACGUGGCAGCUUUCACUCCAACCUCAGCUCUUUUUUAUUGGUUUUGAGCAAGAUACGAAUUAUUUAAAAUUGAAAUUAAAGAAUAUAUUACUUCAUAUAAAAUAUUUUAUAGCGGAGGUAUUAUUUUUUAUAUAAGAAGAAUUUAAGAACGAAUCAUGGGAACGAUCCA